CUGGACCUGGACCUGGACCUGGACCUGGAUCUGAACCCAGCGGUGUUUCCUGCAAUUAUGGCAAUUCAAUGGAAUAUGGAAUUGAUUUUAAACAAUACCAAAAUACCAGGCGAAAGCUGGGGUCCAACCGCUCCCAGACCUUCACACAGUGGUCUAUUCGAUGGUGACACCAAGGGCCCAUAAAGUCCCGACCCAAAACAAAGAGUCCUCUGUCAAAUGAAAUAUGGGCAGUACCUGGAAAUAUAUCAUUUGACAGAGGACUCUUUGUUUUGGGCUUCGCUGACUUCAGCUGCUUCUCAAAGCAGCGUUGGCAACGGUACUUUCUUGGGCCCUUGGUGCCGCCAUCGAACAGACUACUGUCAACUCCUGGGAGAGGUUGAACACAAGGAUCCUCUUUUCUUAGCCCCUGAGGGCCAUCCUCACACAGACCAACAUAUCCACGCUGCGUCGCUGGCUGCAGGCAGCGCACAAACACACACGUCAAACAUUUCUCUGCUCCCUUUUGAAGUAGAACCCUGCGACACUUUUAAAAAGACCAAUGUAUGGGGGUCCUGGGGGACUUAAUUGCAGCGUAUGCAGUUAAAAUAGAUCAAAUAGAAUAGAGAUCAAUGUUCACCAUAAGUCCUGAUUUAAAGUAUCAGCCACUAUCAGUGGGGUAGAGGCUCUCCUGUCAGUCACUGUGAGGCAGACAGACACACAUUUCCUCAGGUGUUCGGCGUUCGGUUAUACUUAGCUCCACCCUCUCGUGUCAUUUCUGGUUUCAAAAGAAGGGCCAAAAACCAGGAUGGCUACGUCCAAAAUGUCAAACUCGAGGCUUCAAAACCAUCCAUCCAUCCAUUAUCUUCCUCUUAUCCGGGUCUCGGGCCAUUUGAGACUCACUGGUGAACAAGACCCAGAGAUACUUAAACUCCCUCGCUUGGGGCAGUGACUCAUUCCCAACCCGGAGCGAGCAGUCCACCGUUUUCCGGCAGAGAACCAUGGCCUCAGAGUUGGAGGUACUGACUCUCAUCCUGACCGCUUCACACUCAGCUGCAAACCGCCCCAGUGUGUGCUGAAGGACUCUGAAGCACAUUGUACGCAAUAUGGAUCAUGAACUUGAUGUGCUGGGGUUCUGCCUGCCAGAGGUCAACUUAAUAGUUCCUGCCAUCUGUUGCAGCCCUGGUCCUCGUCAUAGUGGACUGAUGGGAAGCUGCCGAGUCCUACCCGACAUGUCAUUAUCGUCCCCAGUCCCAGAGCCCAUGUCUCAGCCUAGAUUCAGAGACUUCCGCUGCCUCUUGGGCUCUUCUUUUGCUGAGCAGGGAGCCUGAUUUGUUCUCCUCCUUGGGAAUCCAGACCCCCAUACACCAGAUCACUUCCACACAAGCCAUAGGAACUUUGGCCAGUUAUCUGCACACUGUAAAAGGUACUCCACGGUGGCUCAGCUUGCUCUUGCUUCUCUCACCACGUCUUCCACCUACUGUUGAACCGACUGCUCCCAAUUUCUGUUUCCUAACUGGGUUGCUCAGGGUCAUGAAGAUAGAGGUGAAAGUCCUCUUGGAAACAGGUGAACUGGUUAGUGCCCUUCGGUCCCAGUAGCUGUUUGGUGAAUUUGAAGGGAUUUCCUAAGAUGGCAGCCCGCUUCACUGCCCUCUCCCUCCCUCGUCAGGGUGAUGAGUUUCCUCCUAAGGUUGUUCUGAUGCUCAGAUGGUGGCACCUUGGUGAUCUUUCGUGUGUCCUCCUAGAACUGCAUCCAUGCCUUGCACUUGUUAGUUGGAGGCGACUUUACUCGACAGUAUUCUACUAUUUUUCUUGGAACAGAAGUUUCUGGCACUUUGGAUGUCUUGGACUCUGUGGGGCAACUCCAGGCUGAGUUCCUCCUGCACCUAGUAGACCUUUACCACUAGAGGGAGUCAUCUGAUUCAUUGGUUACAUCCAAAUAUCACUUCAUGGACCUUUACCUUAUGUUUGUCUCUGUGUGGACGGACAUCAUCAUGUGAUCUAAUUCUUCAUGAUUCCUCCACAGAGUGGACCAGGAGAGCCCAGAGGUUCCCAGUGGUCAGUCCACCCAGCAGCAUCAAACACACCUGGACUCCAUAUUUAUGCUGCUGGAGGAGAACAUCGUCACUUUUGUGAAGAACGAGCUGACGAAGAUCCAGAAGGUUGUGAAUUCAGAUUACCCAGAAUGCUUAGAGAGUCAGAGGAAGGAUGAGGAGGUGCUGGACGGUGAGGAUGAAGAGCAGAGCAGGAACAGAGAGGCUUUUCUGAAGAUCACACUGAACUUCCUGAGGAGAAUGAAGCAGGGGGAGCUGGCUGACCGUCUGCAUAGCAGAAGUCAUUCUGGAGUUUGUCAACGUAAACUCAAAUCUAACCUGAAGAAGAAGUACCAGUGUGUGUUUGAGGGGAUCGCUAAAGCAGGAAACCCAACCCGUCUGAAUCAGAUCUACACAGAUCUCUACAUCACAGAGGGAGGGACUGCAGAGGUCAAUGAUGAACAUGAGGUCAGACAGAUUGAAACCGCAUCCAGGAAGACAGACAGACCAGAAACAACCAUCAGACAGGAAGACAUCUUUAAAGCCUCACCUGGAAGAGAUGAACCAAUCAGAACAGUGAUGACAAAGGGAGUGGCUGGCAUCGGGAAAACAGUCUUAACACAGAAGUUCACUCUGGACUGGGCUGAAGACAAAGCCAACCAGGACAUACAGUUCAUAUUUCCAUUCACUUUCAGAGAGCUGAAUGUGCUGAAGGAGAAGAAGUACAGCUUGGUGGAACUUGUUCAUCACUUCUUUACUGAAACCAAAGAAGCAGGAAUCUGCAGGUUUGAAGAGUUCCCGGUCGUGUUCAUCUUUGACGGUCUGGAUGAGUGUCGACUUCCUCUGGACUUCCACAACAAGGAGAUCCUGACUGAUGUUACAGAGUCCACCUCAGUGGAUGUGCUGCUGACAAACCUCAUCAGGGGGAAACUGCUUCCCUCUGCUCGCCUCUGGAUAACCACACGACCCGCAGCAGCCAAUCAGAUCCCUCCUGAGUGUGUUGACAUGGUGACAGAGGUCAGAGGGUUCACCGACCCACAGAAGGAGGAGUACUUCAGGAAGAGGUUCAGAGAUGAGGAGCAGACCAGAACCGUCAUCUCCCAUAUCAAGACAUCACGAAGCCUCCACAUCAUGUGCAACAUCCCGGUCUUCUGCUGGAUCACGUCUAGAGUUCUGGAAGGGGUGUUGAAGACCAGAGAGGGUGGAGAGCUGCCCAAGACCCUGACUGAGAUGUACAUCUACUUCCUGGUGGUUCAGUCCAAAGUGAAGAACAUCAAGUAUGAUGGAGGCGCUGAAACAGAUCCACACUGGAGUCCAGAGAGCAGGAAGAUGAUCGAGUCUCUGGGAAAACUGGCUUUUGAUCAGCUGCAGAAAGGCAACCUGAUCUUCUAUGAGUCCGAUCUGACAGAGUGUGGCAUCGAUAUCAGAGCCGCCUCAGUGUACUCAGGAGUGUUCACACAGAUCUUUAAAGAGGAGAGAGGACUGUACCAGGACAAGGUGUUCUGCUUCGUCCAUCUGAGUGUUCAGGAGUUUCUGGCUGCUCUUCAUGUCCAUCUGACAUUCAUCAACUCGGGUGUCAAUCUGAUGGCAGAAAGACAAACAACCUCCUCGUUGUUUAAAGUCUUCAGAGACAAACCUACACCAAAACAUCUCUACCAGAGUGCUGUGGACAAGGCCUUACAGAGUCCAAACGGACACCUGGACUUGUUCCUUCGCUUCCUCCUGGGUCUUUCACUGCAGACCAAUCAGAAACACCUGCGAGGCCUGCUGACACAGACAGGAUCACAGACCAAUCAGGAAACAGUCCAGUACAUCAAGAAGAAGAUCGAGGAAAAUAUCUCUACAGAGACAAGCAUCAAUCUGUUCCACUGUCUGAAUGAACUGAAUGAUGGUUCUCUGGUGAAGGAGAUCCAACAGUACCUGAGUUCAGGAAGUCUCUCCACAUGUAAACUGUCUCCUGCUCAGUGGUCAGCUCUGGUCUUCAUCUUACUGUCGUCAGAUAAAGAUCUUGACGUGUUCGACCUGAAGAAAUACUCUGAUUCAGAGGAGGCUCUUCUGAGGCUGCUGCCAGUGGUCAAAGCCUCCAACAAAGCUCUGCUGAGUGGCUGUUACCUCUCAGAGAGAAGCUGUGGAGCUCUCUCCUCACUUCUCAGCUCCCAGUCCUCCAGUCUGAGAGAGCUGGACCUGAGUGACAACAACCUGCAGGAUUCAGGAGUGAACCUGCUGUCUUCUGGACUGAAGAGUCCACACUGUACUCUGGAGACUCUCAGGUUGAGUGGGUGUAACCUCUCAGAGAGAAGCUGUAAAGCUCUGUCCUCAGUUCUCCACUCCCAGUCCUCCAGUCUGAGAGAGCUGGACAUGAGUAACAACGACCUGCAGGAUUCAGGAGUGAAGCUGCUGUGUCCUGGAGUGAAGAGUCAACACUGUACACUGGAGACUCUCAGGUUGUCAGGCUGUUUGAUCACAAAAGAAGGCUGCACUACUCUGGCUUCAGCUCUGAGCUCGAACCCUUCCCAUCUGAGAGAGCUGGACCUGAGCUACAAUCAUCCAGAACAGUCAGGAGUGAAUCUUCUGUCUGCUGGACUGAAGGAUCCACUCUGGAGACUGGGCACUCUCCGGGUGGAGCCUGCUGGAGUCCGAUGGUUGACACCAGGUCUGAGGAAGUAUUCCUGUGAACUCACAUUCGACACAAACACAGUACACAGAAUCCUCAAACCGUCUGACGACAACAGGAAGCUGACACGUGUGAGAGAAGAUCAGCCAUACCUUGAUCACCCAGACAGAUUUGAUGAGUGGCCUCAGAUGCUGUGUAUUGAUGGUCUGACUGGUCGCUGUUACUGGGAGUUGGAGUGGACAGGAAAAGUUGAUAUAUCAGUGAGUUACAGAGGAAUCAGCAGGAAAGGAGACGGUAAGGACUGUUUGUUUGGAGGUAAUGAUCAGUCCUGGAGUCUGAGCUGCUCUGAUAGAGGUUACUCUGUUUGUCACAACAACAGAGAAACCUUCAUCACCUCCUCCUCCUCUGGUACAGUAGCAGUUUAUUUGGACUGUCCUGCUGACACUCUGUCCUUCUAUGGAGUCUCCUCAGACUCACUGAUCCACCUCCACACCUUCAGCACCAUAUUCACGGAACCUCUCCAUCCUGGGUUUGGGCUCUCGUCUUGUAAGCUUGGUUCCUCAGUGUCACUAGUCAGGGUUUCAUCCGAAUGUUGAGCAAAUCUUAAAGGGCGGAUCCAUCUGGUUCUGGGGCUGUCUGACGAUGAGGUAAAUCGGCUGUGGACGGGAGCAGCAGACAAACUAAUUUUAGCCACAAGUUUACACUAUAUGUAGAAUAUUUUCACUGCUUUACCUCGCCAUCAGACAGCCCUUUCUGACGGGGAUUGAAGCCGUUUUAUCGCUCUCUUCAAAGCCACCAGACUCAAUUAAAAAAACAAAACAGUAAUUUUACCUCUCAGAACAGGGGAGUUGCUGGUCUACCUCUGGAUGAUAGCGAUUAUCCAGCGCCCACACAUUGGCCAGCAGGAUCCCCGUCGUACAAUUAACCACACACCAAGACAUAUUAUUCGUCUGAUAUGUGAUAUGUGUCACAAACAUUGCCGAGAGGUUAAGUUCAGGACUCGAAUUAGCUGAGGUGACACCUAGCACACCGCUAGCGGACAUUUCUGUUUGUUUUAUGUAUUCAUGUGAAGAAGUCUCCUCAUCGAUCCACAGUCUGAUGGUUUCCUCUGCUGAUAUUUGUCGCAGUUUGUUUUUUCAAUACACCAACUUUUCUAUCUCAGCCAGGUGUAAACACUUCUUCUCUGUAUUUUACAAUACCAACAUUCAGACUGACAUCAUUAGACGGAUCAAUACUGGUGUUCAUAGUGACUGUUGAUCAUGUGUUGUAGUUUCUCACUGUGACCACCUGAGGGCCGUGAACUCUGCUGGUCUAUUCUGUAGACGUGCACAACAUCAAUAUGAACAGUCAGAGUUCUAACCUGUAAUUAUAUUUCAUAUCAUUUCAUUAAUAUCAGUACUAGCAUGACUAUUAGUAUUAAUACCUCAUUUAAUAAGAAGUAUUACUGUUACGUUCAUUAUUUCAAAUGUGUUUCAGCUUCUCUGUAUGAUCAUUUAAUGUUUAAUCCAUAAAUGUUAAUAUAAAGUGUGACCGAAGCAAACCUCCUCCUGUAGUAGUACUACCAUGAACUACUCCGUUACAAAGUAAUAGUCAGCAUUUAGAGUCUUCUUCUUUGUUAAUAAUCAGAUAAAUGAAAUGUGAUGAAGAAUUCAAAGUGAAGAAGAAAUGAGGAGGAGGAAAAGGUAUGUCCCAGUAUGACUCUAACAGUGUUAUUUUUGUAAUUUGUUCAAUUAUUCAAAUUGCUGUAUUAUCAACAUUAUUUCAAUAGAUUCACAUCAUAAUAUCAUUAUACUAA